AUGAUUUUGCUUUUAAAUUUAGGUCAUUUUCGUACAUUUUCAAGUGGUUUUCUACUUGGAAAAGAAAUGUUAGCCUACAAUUAUAGUCAAACAAUUAAAUGCACACCGAAUAAGGCAUAUCCGACAACUUUCAAAGCUCCUGUACAUCAUCUAAAAAAGAUGUUUACAAUACCAAUUUAUAAUGAAAACGAAGAAACACUUGAAUGGUUUAUUGAACCAAUAUUAGAAUUAAAUGAAAGUUCGAUAUGUCCCGAUGGUUUUGAACGUAAAGGCGAAUUUUGCCAUGAGUGCAACAACUGCCAAUCUGAUAUAUGUGAAAAAGGAUAUAGAAAAAAUUUCGAAACUGGAUUAUGUGAAGAUAUUGAUGAAUGUAUUGAACAUACAACUAUAUGCCAAUAUAUGUGUGAAAAUCAGGUAGGAUCUUAUCGAUGUUAUUGUCCAAUUGGAUUUAAAAUGAACAAUUCAGGGCAAUGUCAAGAUAUUAAUGAAUGUCAUCAAUUUCAAAUUGAGUGUGGCCAAGAUCGUACAUGUUUCAAUACUCGAGGCGCUUACGAAUGUAUAGAUAUUCCGUGUCCUGUUGGUUACAUACGUCAAAAUGAAAAUGAUUGUUUAUUAAAAUGUUAUCAACGUUUAUCAUCAUGUCGUCCUCGUCAACCUAUUUAUAUUCGUCAUAGAUUUAUUGCUCUGUCAAGGUUAACAUCAUCAAAUCGAACAUUUUUCAGUUUACCUAUAGUAAAUCGAAAUAGAACUUUGAUAAAACUGUUUGAUAAAAGUAAUCCGAAUAUGCCUCUUCCGUUUAUAAUUGAUGGCAUUGAUCUAAAAACAAAUCAAACAUUAUUUGAUUCACAUGAGUAUGAAUUGGAAAUACAUGUAUACAAUAAUGAACUCAAUGGUAAAUAUUCAUCUCAACAUCAUCGUCGUCGUUUACAUACAAUUUAUGUAAUUCGAAUCAAUAUUUCACCGUUUCAUUUUUGA